CUUCUCUUAUAAUUAUACCACCAAAUGAUGCUGAAAUUAUUCAUCAAAAAAUUCCAGGAGCGACUAAGCUUCAAGGUAAAUUUGUUGUACCCUGUAAUACAACUACUGAUAUAGCAUUUACUUUAGGUGGCGUUAAUCAUAAUAUUGAUCCAAGGGAUCUAGCCUUUCGACCUACCGAUCAAAAUGGACUCUGUUCUUCUGGAAUUGCUGCUGAAAAUAUUGCUGGGAAUUUGACUUGGAUUGUUGGUGAUGUAUUUUUAAAGAAUGUUUAUUCUGUCUAUAACAUAAAAGAUCUUACUGUUGGAUUUGCUAAAAGCAAAAACUUUA